AUGGUGGGCAAGGAAGGGCCACUCAAGGAAGCACAUUUUAGGAAACUGCCAACGGAGCCAGCUUAGGUUCUCCAAACUGCUUCGACUGUGGCAAAAGCUGCCGAAUCGGCCUUCGGACCUCCUGGAAUUCACCUUCGCAUGUACAGCCAGAGAAGCUGUCAUUACAGCUAG